UGUCACUUGCUUUCACCACAGGGAUUCAGAGCCGUCACCCAGCAAGGCUGCUCCAGUGUCUCCCUGGACCCCUUCCAGCAGCCCAGAAACCCGCAGGAACAUUCUGGCCGAGCGCUCUGACUGUUUUUUGGACAGAGGGACUCAGACGGGCGCAGGAAUCUGGUCCUCUUCAGCUUUCGCCCGCCGCUCUCUUUCAACAAUUAAAUGAGCGAAAUCGCACGUACAUAAAAAAAAAAAAAAGUGAAUCCGCCGAGCUGACUGGCCACCACAGAGGGGAGCAGACAUGCAGGUGUCCUUCGCCUGCACAGACCACAACCUGAAGGCCCCGCGCAACGGGGACGACCGGCACAGCAAGCAGAACGCCACCAGCCCCAACUCGGGCAGCGCGGCUCGGGCGAGGUUCCGCACGGUGGCCCUCAUCGCCCGCAGUCUCGGCUCCUUCACGCACCGGCACCACAUCUCCCUGAAGGAGUCCACGGCCAAGCUGACCGGGAUGAAGUAUCGGAACCUGGGGAAGUCGGGACUGCGGGUGUCAUGUUUAGGGCUUGGAACUUGGGUGACAUUUGGGGGUCAAAUUUCUGAUGAGGUGGCAGAGCGGCUCAUGACCAUCGCCUACGAGAGCGGGGUCAACCUCUUCGACACUGCAGAAGUGUACUCCGCCGGAAAAGCUGAGAUAAUCCUUGGGAACAUUAUCAAGAAGAAGUGCUGGAGGAGGUCCAGUCUGGUCAUCACCACCAAACUGUACUGGGGGGGAAAAGCGGAGACAGAGAGAGGACUCUCCAGGAAGCACAUUAUAGAAGGGCUCAAGGGCUCCCUCCAGAGGCUGCAGCUGGAGUACGUGGAUGUCGUCUUCGCCAACCGCCCCGACAACAACACGCCCAUGGAGGAGAUUGUGAGAGCCAUGACCUAUGUGAUAAACCAAGGCAUGGCCAUGUACUGGGGGACAUCUCGGUGGACAGCUAUGGAGAUUAUGGAGGCGUACUCCGUGGCACGGCAGUUCAACAUGAUCCCGCCGGUGUGUGAGCAGGCCGAGUACCACUUCUUCCAGAGGGACAAGGUCGAGGUGCAGCUGCCCGAACUCUACCACAAGAUAGGUGUGGGCGUGGUCUCGUGGUCUCCGCUGGCCUGCGGAAUCAUCACGGGGAAGUACGAGAACGGCGUCCCAGAAUCCUCCCGGGCCUCCAUGAAGUCAUACCAGUGGCUGAAGGACAAGAUCGUGAGUGAGGAUGGGAGGAAGCAGCAGGCCAAGCUGAAGGAGCUGGCCCACAUCGCAGAGAAGCUGAGCUGCACCCUUCCUCAACUGGCUGUGGCCUGGUGCCUGCGGAACGAGGGGGUGAGCUCAGUACUCCUGGGAACAUCAAACCCAGAACAGCUGACAGAGAACCUGGGCGCUAUACAGGUGCUUCCAAAGAUAACGUCUGACGUGGCAUCCGACAUCGAUCACAUCUUGGGGAAUAGGCCCCACAGCAAGAGGGAUGUCCGUUCAUAGGACCCUGGGGGCCAGGGUGGGGGGCGGAGGGCCCCUCUGUGGUACCUGUACCCCCGCCGUGUUCCCCUGUCAUGGUGAUCUUAUGCGUCUCCAACACAGAUCCUGCAAAUACUCCACAUUUCAUGCUGAGCUCCUCUGCGACAAAUGCAUGCCUUUGUGGGAGGGGUCAUAAUGUGCGUCCUAAAUGGGUUUAUACAGCAAAUCAAACCAAGAGACAAUCACAGAAAAAAGUGUCUGGAAAACAAAUCCUCAUCCAAGCAGUGUAACUCCUCGUACUGUGUUAUUCUGAUGUAUUACCUUCUAAAGGUCCGCUCAUCUAGCCCCACCCUGUGCGUCAGUGUGAACCGUGACCCCUGCGUGACCUCCUGGAGUGGACUUCCUGUUUGGCAGUGAGGGAUCACUGAUGCUAGUAAAGUGGAGUCUGCGUCCCUGAGGAGAAUGGAUCCGCUUGUCAUUGCUUGUGUGUGUCUCCCCCCUCAGGCCAACUAGGGAACUACAGUUCUGUCAUGUAACUGAAAGAGGGCAAAGCGCUCUGUGGAUCUCUUUUGAAGGGAACUUUGCCUUUGCCAGAGUGCUUAGCAAAGAGUGUCAGCUGGUGAUGAAGUGAUGGGAACAAGCUGCUACAUGACAAAUAACAAAUGAGAACUGAAAACCAAAUGAUUAUUACUAUGCCUGACCGUAUCUGAAACUAAAUACAGACCAAAUAUAGCAACACGAAAAGAUAAAACUCUCUGAGGGGUCGGAUCUGCUAAAACUCAACUUCCUUCAUGAAAAUGCAAUAUUAGAUAUUUAAAUAAAGUGUCUGUUGCCUCCUCUCUGACGUGACGAUCGGUUCCACUUCAGAUCUUAGUUUGUGGGUCCUACUAGUAGUAUUUUGAGUGUGUCUCAGUUUUUGUGGAUCAGCUGACUUCUUACAAAAAUUGAAAAGCACCAGCAAAAUACAUUCAUGCAGCUGUGAAGUGAAAUGUGAUGCUUAUGGUGUCCUGGUGCAUCUCCCUUAUGGGCAGUCAGGCCCCUUUCCACUGUAGAGCUGGGACCAGGCUGACUCACCAAGUCUGGAGAGGUUUUCUGGUGCUGGCUGUGUUACAAGCAGAUCAGAAGCAGAGUUGGCAAACUAAAUGGUUGUGUUGUAUUGUUCAGUUCCAAAGCUGUCAGGAGGGAUAAAAUGUUAUAAGAACCUUGAUGGACUUAAAUGCUUGACUGUAGCUGUCAUUUAAGCAGUCUUGAGUUGACUUGAC